CAACACACGCAGCCACCAAAGCGACAUCAGCACAAGCAGCAGCAGCCACUGUUUCCCACAAUUUCCCUCUACGGCCAGCGCCUCACGAUAAUCAGUGCCCUCGUUGCGUGUGUCGGCGACUGCUACCUAGGUGCUACCACCUCGGGUACAACCGGUGGUCAAGGGUCACUUUCCCACGUCCUAUCGGCAUUUCAAAUCGUGAAUCCUUACAAGACCGGAAUUAAGUCAAGGUGA